CGCGCAGGAUUUCCACGACUGCCUGAAAAAAAGGAUAGGUGCUACAGUGCAUGGGCUAAACUGUUACGAAGGCUGGUAACUUUUAUAAUGUUUAACUGAAGUGGGAGGUAAACAUUGGGCCUGAAACUAAGAUAUCAAAGGAAGAACAGUAACAAUGUUACGUGUCUGUUGCAAAGGUGCGAAUGCUACAGUGCGGAAAUGCUUGUCUGAAAGAGUUGCAGUCCAUUCACUGAAGCAUUGCCAUCAGUACACCUCAGCUAGAAACUCAGGAUCUGCUGCAGGUAAAAUUAUGGCUGCCAGCCUUCUGACAGUGAGUGGAGGACUGGGUUGUACAAUCAUCUAUGCCAAAUGGGAUCCCAAAUUCAGGGCAAAUAUUGAGAAGAGCAUUCCCUACUCUGAACAGCUGUUUUACAUGAUACUUGGGCCCCCUACACCACCGUUUGUCCCUUUGCAAAAGAAACCGAUUGAAACACUGCAGAUAUCCUCAUUGACUGAAGCCAUAAAGGACUCCAAGCAAGCCAAAACUGAAGGCAAGGCAAAAGAAAAGCAGGUGGAGUCAGCACCUGUGGAGACCACACCUGCUGUAGAGGAGACGCCAAUUCAGCCACUGCAGACUGUAGAGGCUGAACAAUGUCACGAGUGUGCCCCUAACGAGCCUGCCAUGAAAGAGCGGCCUGUGGAGGAAGUUGCUGCUCGCUUAGUGCUGCAGGACCAGGCUGAACAGGAUACGCUGGCUGAGUUGUCAGCCAGACUUGAGGAGACUCUGGGGAUCUCGGCCAAGCUUUCUUUGCAGGCCAUCGGUGCCCAGGAGGCAGCGCUCUCUGCCAUAGGUACCCACACCCAGAGACUCCGAAAGGCAUUGGACUCAGAGGAUCCUCUAGAUAGUAUGUCUCCUCAGUGGAAGGAACUAGAGGAGGCAUUAAGUGAAAGGACCUGUGCUGUGGACCAGGCUGGACAAGCUCUUCAUCAAGCCAAAGAGCAGCUUGAGAAGCUCAAAGACAUAAUUAACAUCGCAAAGGAAUCCAAGAUUGAUGCAGCCAGAUCCCAGAUCUUGGCUGCUGAGGAAAACUUGCACAGCAUGAUUGUGGAUUUGGAUAAAGUUGUAAACAAAGUGCAUGCGGCCCAGAUGGAGGCGAAGAUCAUGUCUCAGUACAGUGAGCUAGUGAAUGAGGCCAAGGCUCAGUUUCAGAAGGAGCUAAGCAGCAUCACUCCUGAAGUGCAGGGCAACUGGAAGGGGAAGCUCAGUGCUGACGACCUAAACUCUCUGAUUGCCCACGCCCAUCGACGUAUUGACCAGUUGAACCACGAGCUGGCUGAGCAGCGUGUCCGCGAGCAGAUCCGCAUUGACACAGCCCUUGAGCAGCAGCGGCACGAACAUGAGAGAGUCCUGGAGCAGGCAGUGGCCACUGCGCUAGAACACAGCCGUGAGCAGAUGAGACUCGAGCAGGAGAAAAAAAUCCAGGCAGCACAGGAGGUAAUGGAGGCGGAGAUGAGGACUCAGCUACGCAGGCAGGCGGCAGCACACACUGACCACCUGCGUGACCUGCUCAAGGUGCAAGAACAGGAGCUACGGGAGGAGGCGCAGGAGACUUUGAAUAGUAAGCUAAUGGAACAGGAGACACAAUACUGCCGUUUGGCCCAGGAACAGUUGCAUACUUUUACCUUGGACAUGAACACUGCCUAUGCUAGGCUUAAAGGCAUGGAGGAAGCCAUAGACAGUCAUGUAAUUGCUGAGGAAGAGGCUCAAAGGGCCCAUCAGCUGUGGUUAUCUGUUGAGGCUCUGAACUACACUUUAAAGACUGCAGCUGCUGAUUCUCCUACCGAGCCUUUAAAGGGCGCUGUGCAUGCCAUUAAGAAGAGCUGCCCAGACAAUGAGUUUGCCCAGACUCUAGCUACAGCUCUUCCUGAGGAGUCACUAACCCGUGGCAUCUACAGUGAGGCCUCCUUGCGAGCUCGCUUCCAUGAUGUCCGGCAGCUAGCGCGUCGCGUGGCACUAAUUGAUGAGACACACAACAGCUUGUACCAGUACUUCCUAUCCUACCUGCAGUCUGUUCUCCUCCUUGAGAAUGAGCAAGAGGCACCACCCAUCAAGCUGGCCCCUGAAGCUCUUGAUACAUUUAAGUUGCUUGGAUACGCCAACUAUUGCAUGGAACGUGGUGACCUUGAACUAGCUGCCAAGUUUGUCAACCAACUGCGUGGCGAGUCUCGACGCGUGGCUCAGGACUGGCUCAAAGAGGCAUGUCUUACACUGGAAACUAAACAGGUGGUCAGCCUUCUCUCUGCAUAUGCCAGUGCAGUAGGUAUAGGCUCCACACAGGCUUCUUAGUGUCCCCACAUGAAUUUGUAAAUUAUGAGGACUGCCGCCAGCCCCUAACUAACAGCAAGCUGCUGUUCCUCUUAUUUAAUUUAUACAUAAUGGCAUACUAGCAUGUUUGUCUGCCCAACGCUAGCCUAUUCACUGUUUCAAGAUAGUAAUACUUAAGAUAUCCUGGUGGUUUAUUAGACUUACAAAUGAUCAAGUCCAUGUCGUAAUGUGGUAAUGCUCUCCAUUGAUGUUGCAAAUCAAUAAACGGAUGUUGAUCAGUUAUA